CGCCGCGGCUCGGCCGUCUCCGCCCCCUUCCGAGCUGCCAAUCGCAACAAAGACGCCGGGCGCGCGCACGCUCCCUCGAGUUUAACGGUCGCGAGAGGCGCUCGCCCGACCCUGACAUCGGCAGUGGGAGAAGCGGCCAGGUAAGCGGCCGGAGGCCUGCGGGGAGCUGCCGGUCGCGGGGGACAGGGGACGCGACGUCGAAGACACCGAGUCAGCGGACCCCUGAGUGUGCCGAUGGGUUAGGGCGGGGGAAGACGAAAGUCACGCGACGAAGUCUCCGCAGCGCCCGCGAGCGUGUGGGGGCUUUGCCCGCGGCCGUACGCCUUUUCUAGCCUCGGUGCCCUUGAGUGACACCCGCGCGGCCCAAUCGCUGAACACUUCUCCCCGAGGGGCGGGGGGCUUGAGGGAUUUCUCUCUUUUUUUCAACCAGCUUCCUGGGCAUACUUUGAGAAUCAUGUUUGUCGUUGUGGGACCAGUGGUUUUUAACUCCGGCCUCCCCCUUGUCUACAGUUUAGGCGAACUGCGUGGGUUCUCCCUCGCCUUCCUGCUUUAACCCGAGAGCCGCCGGCGGCCGCUGCGGUCUGGCUGUGAACGCAAGAGUGUCAGGAUCUGGUCUCAAAACCUGAAAUCAUCCCUUCUUUCCCCCUCUCAGGCUCCCAACGUAGCAGAACGCCUAGUUAACUUUUAUAUUCCCAGCAGACCCCCAUAAGUCGUUCCUUUACCCCCUAACUCCUUUUUUUCUGCUAGGAGCUGGGGGCAUCAAAAGCGUCAUGUUUUGUUUUUUGGCGAUAUAAAAGUCUCUGUUCUCAUAUCCAUUCUCCAUCAGGUUCUUAAGAUUUUGCAUCGUAUAUCUUUUUUUUUUUUUAAUUUAUCCCCCGCCCCUCCCCCCUUCGCCACCCCCAGCUGGGGACGCAUCGUCGCUUUUCAAGAUCCAUCUGGAUCUACUGCAUCCGGAUUAACUCAACGGGGAAAUAAUAGAUGGGGUUGCAUACAGAUCCGCGUCCCUGGAGAGCUUGUGCUUUCCCGAUGGAAGAGCGAGGUGAUUUGAAUCCAGACUCUCCUGGGACCUGUGGACAUUUCAUAGUUCUGAAUGUCAGCAACUGAAAAUGCCUGUAGACGAUGAAGCAUCUGAAGAUGACUCAGAUUCAGUUUCUUCAAACAGUGCAAGAGCCUACAUUUUCAAAUGAGAGAGUGUAACAAUUUUUGUACACUAUGGAAGAUUUUGACUUGGGGAAACCUGUACAAAAAGCUUCAUCUUCUGUAGAAUCUGAUAUAAAAAAUUCUCCCCAUUCUCUUGGACUGAACUUAAAUACUAAUAGAAGUAGUCCCCACCUUAGUACAAAUGGGGUAUCCUCUUUCUCAGGGAAGACCAGACCAUCUGUAAUUCAAGGUACAGUUGAAGUCCUAACCUCUUUAAUGCAAGAGCUACAAAACAGUGGAAAGACUGAUUCGGAACUUUGGAAAAACUGUGAGACCAGGUGGUUACAGCUAUUCAAUUUGGUGGAAAAACAAUGCCAAGAGCAGAUAGUUGCCCAGCAGGAACUGUUCCACAACCAAAUUCAACGUAUACAGGAGGAGAUAAAAAAUUUAGUCAAGUUACAGACCAAUAAUGCUUCCUGGGCUUCCUAUGAUAGAAGUUCUUUAAGCAAACAAAUAUCUUCAGAAAGUCAAGUGGGUUUUUCUUCUGAAAACAGUGAGAGAAAUGAAUCUGUUAUCAGUUAUCCCAAGUCUAAAGAACCUGAAAUGCAGCAAGAAACAUCCAUGUCACAACCAGACUGCAAUGUGGAUAGUAGCUCAGUGAGCAGUGGGUAUGGUACCUUUUGUGUCUCAGAACUAAAUACCUACAAAUCUAAGGAUACUCAAGAGUUCACAGAGCACGCGGAGGUUUCUAAAGGACAGUUCGGAGCGCCGGUGGUGCCGAUGGAAUCACUUGUAGAGGGUGUGAAAAACCAGAGUUUUUAUAUACAUACAAAUGAAGAGCUCUGUGCAUCUUUAAAGGAAGAUAUUCCCAUUUUCCCCAGUGAAUUUGAACACAGUUUUCUUGAUGAAAAUAAGAUUUCGGAAGUAUACAGUGGAAAAACAAAUAAUAAAUCUAUAACAUCAUGGGCUCAACAGCUGAAGCAGAACCAACCAAAGAGAGCACAUAAAGAAGAGGGGUGUUCAAAAUCUAUGCAAGGAAAUGAGCAAAGCAAGAAAUCACCGAUUGAGAAAGUAGGUGCUAAGUCAUGUGGCUCCAGCAUGCUUCAGCUACAGAUAAUUAGGUCUGAUUUCACUGCUGCUACACAUUCUCGAGCUUUUUACCUCAACAGACCAGAUGAGAGUCCAAAUUCUUGGGUGUCUGAUUCAGGAACAGGACUGACUUACUGGAAACUGGAGAAGGACAUGUAUCGCUCUUUGCCUGAGACUUUAGAGAAGACAUUUGCACCAGCCUCCUCCACAGAUAUGUCACCAAGCCAGGUACUGACUCUAGACCCAACGUUGCACAUGAAGCCGAAUCAGCAGAUUUCAGGGACUCAGCCACAUGGCUUUUUGAAUGCCUUUGAUGACAGAAUAUCCUUUUCACCGGACUCUGUUCUAGAACCUAGUAUGUCUAGUCACUCUGACAUAGAUAUGUUUUCACAAGCAAGUCAUAUUGCUUCUCAGUUAUCUGGAUUCCCAAAAUAUCCUUCAGAUACAAAAGUUUCACCAGUGGACUCUUGGAAAAAUCAUGUAUUCCAAAACGAAAGUAGGACCAGUUCCACAUUUCCUUCAGUAUAUACUGUUGGUAGUAACGACAUCUCAGUCAACACUGUGGAUGAAGAAAACACUCUUUUGGAACCUUUUGCUUCAGUCAGUCAGUCCCAGCUUCCAGGAACAGCCAACGGUGUCCCAGAAUGCAUUUCACUGACUUGUCUGGAAGACCCUGUGAUAUUGUCUAAGAUUAGGCAGAACCUGAAGGAAAAGCAUGCUCGACAUAUAGCAGAUCUUCGAGCUUAUUAUGAAUCAGAAAUAAAUAGUUUGAAACAGAAACUGGAGGCAAAAGAAAUUUCUGCAGUUGAAGAUUGGAAGAAAACCAAUCAAAUUCUUGUAGACAGAUGUGGCCAGUUAGAUAGUGCUCUGAACGAAGCUACCAGUCGUGUGAGAACACUUGAAAAUAAGAAUAACUUACUGGAAAGAGAAGUGAGUGAUUUCAGAGAACGCUUCAGUGCAGCCAGCAGUGCCUCCAAAAUUUUGCAGGAACGAAUUGAGGAGAUGAGAACAAGUAAUAAAGAAAAAGACAAUACCAUCAUUCGACUGAAGUCUAGACUUCAGGAUUUAGAAGAGGCGUUUGAGAAGGCUUACAAACUCUCAGAUGAUAAAGAAGCAAGACUGAAACAAGAAAACAAAAUGUUUCAAGAUCUUUUAGGAGAGUAUGAGUCCCUUGGAAAAGAACACGAAAGAGUAAAGGAUACAUUAAAUCUGACUGAGAACAAACUGCUUGAUGCACAUACUCAGAUUUCUGACUUGAAAAGAACAAUUUCAAAACUUGAAGCUCAGGUCAAGCAAGUAGAGCAUGAAAAUAUGUUAAGUCUUCGUCAUAAUUCUAAAACUCCCACGAGACCCUCACGUGCCAACACGCUGGCCAGCUCUGACGUCAGCCGGCGGAAGUGGCUGAUCCCGGGAGCGCAGCACUCCAUCUUCACUGGGCAGCCUCUGGACACGCGGGACAGCAAGGUGGACAGCCAGCCGGAGGACACCUGCCUCCCCGGGUACCAUUCUCCUCUGGAAAAGGAUCCUUCACCUGGAAGUACAUCAACAAGUUUAUUGAUAAAAAAACAAAGAGAGACUUCAGACACACCAAUCAUGAAAGCUUUGAAAGAACUUGAUGAAGAAAAAGUAUUUAAAAAUUGGGGCACACAGACAGAGAAAGAGGACACCUUAAAUAAAUUAAUGAAUCCUCGACAAACUGACACUUCAGUCAAUGCAAGUCGGUCCCCAGAGAAAGGUGCCCAGCAAAGACAAAAGAGAUUUAAUUCUUCACAGAGAUCGUCAUCUUUACCCCCUUCAAAUCGUAAAUCAAGUAUUCCAACAAAAAGAGAGAUUAUGUUAACACCAGUGACUGUGGCGUAUAGUCCAAAGCGAUCCCCUAAAGAAAACUUGUCCCCAGGAUUUAGUCAUCUACUUAGCAAAAAUGAAAGCAGCCCAAUUCGAUUUGAUAUACUUUUGGAUGAUUUAGAUACUGUUCCUGUGUCUACAGUACAACGUCCCAAUCCAAGGAAACAACUCCAGUUUCUUCCUCUAGAUGACUCGGAAGAAAAAAAAUACUCAGAAAAAGCCACUGACAUCCACGUUAAUCAUAGCUGUUCCCCCGAACUGUUGCCAAAUGGAGUGAAGAAAGUCCCUGUGAGAUCAGCUUGGGAGAAGAAUAAAUCAGUUAGCUAUGAACAGUGUAAGCCUGCCUCCCUAGCGCCACAGGGCAAUGAUUUUGAGUAUACAGCAAAAAUUAGGACCCUAGCUGAAACGGAACGGUUUUUUGAUGAACUUACAAAAGAAAAAGACCAGAUUGAGGCAGCACUAAGCCGAAUGCCUUCUACUGGAGGACGAAUCACAUUGCAGACAAGAUUAAAUCAGGAAGCCUUGGAAGAUCGUUUGGAGAAAAUUAAUCGAGAGCUGGGUUUAGUCCGCAUGACAUUAAAGAAAUUUCAUGUUUUGCGCACCUCUGCAAAUCUUUGAGAUUUGUAGCCAUUAAAUUUUGAGACAUUUUUGUUUGCACUAAUGUAUAAUUAUGCACUCAGAAAAGGCCAACUUUUGUACUGUUUAUAAGCCUUCAAACAGUAGUUUUACAAUCAUGCUAUUCUUUACACUUGCUAUUUUAUACUUCAAAUGGCCACAUAUUUUCAAGAUAUUUUUGUUAUGCUCAGGAAUCUCUUGUAUAUUUUACUAUUUAAAAAGUAUUAUUUUUAAAUAGUAUGUCUCCAAUUUAUAUUAAGAAUAAGGAAAUGUAAACAGGGGAGGCAGCUUUGUUUCUAAACAAAUAGUGUUAUCCUUUUACAGUUAACUUUGAACACCAAUUUUAUAAACUUGUUCUACAUUGUGAAUAUUGUUUUUAAAUAAAUGCUUAAGAACAGCUUCCAUGAUGAUAGACUAAUACAUGCUGAAUGCAAAAAAAAAAAAAAUUACAGCAUACCCUGGAUUUAGUUGGGUUGAAGUUUUUUAAAAAUAGUAAUGUAAUUCCUGUUUGAAACAUGUCUUAAGAGUGAAUAUUAGAAUAGUCAAUAAUAAAAAUAUUGGAAAUAAUGGAAUAUUGCUUAUUGGGAAGCUUUGAAAGUAAGAAUAUCUCUUUGUUUCCCUUAAACAUUAUUUGUAAGAAAGAAAAAUGAUAGAGAUGUAAUUCUCUAAUUUUGUGAUAUAUGUAGUACUUUUCAGAAAAAGUUUAACAAUUGGGGAGUUGUAGCUAGAAGCCUAUCAUUCUGAAUGUAACUAGUGUCCCACGCUUGACAAUGAGGUGGUAAAGCUUUGAUGAAAUACAGGCCACCACCCAGUGAGCUUGUAAGAGCAGCCCCAGUUUCCUCAGUGUACAUGGCCUCAGCUGUCAGAUAGUUGUGAAGACGUUUUUAACCCCUCUCCACCCCCGCCAAAAAGAAAAAUAAAUACUCCCAUAGUAGCUGCUGUAAGGUAGGCUGAGAUCAGAGCUUGUUACUAGGCAGGGAAUGUGUCUAGAUAGAGCUCGGUGCCUUGCACAUGGUCUUGCUGGAGGGCUCCUUGCAUGCCUCCUUGUAGUGCCUCCUGGCUCUCAGAAGUAGCACAUAGGCAGGAGGCUGCAAUCUGAUCAGGAACAUAGCAGGUAGAGGUCCUGACUGCUAGCCAGGUCCAGGCUGCUUAGCUGCCCACCUUUUGGUGGCCAGUCAGAACCCAGUGCCCACGUAUUCAAGCUCGGUACAUGUUGAUAAACAAACAGCCUCAUUCCAAACUUUCAACAUUGAUUCCCACUGACUCGGGUUUUAAAGUUGGUUUACUUUUGAACUUUUUCUCCUUCUUCUGUGGCUCUUAAUAGCAUGUAGUUAUAUCGAGCCAAGCCACCCGUUAUUCCAUUAGGGUGUAUGUAUGCCUUCGAGCAGGGAUCUCAGAUAAUCUUUGAGCACCCUUCACCAAAGCUUCCCUGCCUGAGCUCUGGGCCUGGUGCCCGCAGGCUGCUCAGCUCGGGGAUUCUCAGCAAGUGGGCCGCCUGACAGCGGCCUCUCUUGCUCCUUCCUCUCCGUGAAUCAAACCUUUGCUCCCAACUUCUGCAACCUGUUGAAGACCUCCGGCAAAUCAGUUACUCAUCAGCAGAAUCAAGUGCCUUAUUCUUGGUAUUUUUUUCUAGUCUUUUUUUUUUUUUUCUUUUUAAUCUCCUGGUUAUAGUGAAGAAAAUGUUCUUUUUAAUCAAGCUCCAGUAUAGCUUGUGUCAAGACUUAAUAAAGGGAUUGACUUUCCCGAUAAUAUUCCCUUUAAUGUGUUCCUAUACAUGACAUUAAAAAUUAACUUGAAAAUUGUUAGGAUGUUUCAUUGUUCCCUACUUUUAUUGUAAAGUCUGUUGCAUUCUUAAGAAUAGGAGAUUGCCAUUUCAGAGGAGAUUAGAGUUUUAUAUUGUCAGGGAGUUAUCUUCUUAGUAGUUUUAUUCCAAUCUUAAGCCCUGUUAAAAUGUCUUCUGUACUUCUCGGAAAACACUUUGAUUUGUGACUUAUGUAAUAGAUUGGAAGUAUCAGUCACUUAUUUAAAAUUAAAAAAAAAUUUUUCUUUGUAGCUGUGAAGAGGGACACCAAGGAAAAUCCUUCCAGCCAUCUUUCCCUUUGGUAAUGCUUAAGAUACAAAUACUCCAUUUAAAAACAAUGUAAGAGCUGGAAAGGUGGCAAGCUGUUAUCCCAGGGAGGUAAACUGCUUUUGUUACUGGCUGGGGCUGAGCUGCAGUUAGUAAAAAACCUAAGUGAAUCUUCCACUUCUGGGAAUUGCCUUUUAAAAAUGCAGGUAAGAGUUACUGCUCUCCUUUCCUCUGGACCUACCGCCUUCCUUCCCCUGAAAAGCCUUCUGAGGUAGGAGGGCACGUCCUCUGUCCUUCGAGGAUCCCAGGUAGCUACUAGGCAGCACUGGGACUGCAGCAGCUGGGCAGGGGACAGGCAAGCCAGACAGACCUGGGUCACACCCUGCACAGGCCUGCCUUCCUCCACGUGAAGAUAAGAUAAGCAGCUUCCUUCCAUUGUGGGAGAUUAUGUAAAGUGCCUGGUGUCUAGUAAGUUUGCGAUAAAUAGUACAUUUCAGAUUCCUUCUGGGUUAUUAAAUAGGCUUUUGAAGUAGUGAUUUCAAUGCUUUUUUAGAAAAGUAGAUUGUGUCCCCAGCAAUUGACUUAAAAACUGCCUUGGGUUGGUUGCCAUUUGUUAGUGGUCUAAGAUGUUCUCUCCAUCUUUUUGCAAAAAUGGAGCUUUCUUGGAGUUUAAGUUGGCUUCCCUCUGGUGUGUUUUUUUAAUGAGUAAUUAAUAACCUGUCUAGCAUAAGUUCAGAAGUCCUGUAAUCUUAAGUAAAAUAGGUAUUUGGGGAUUAUUUGAUAUAGGCUGUUUUACCAAAAAAAAAGUAUUGCCAAUAUAAUCAAAUAAUUGCUCCUUUGAAUGUUCCAUAAUGAGACUUCUAAAGGUGCUGACCUGUGAGGCAGGACCACAUGAAGGAAGUGGCUGCCACAGAGCCCUUGAAGAUCUAUGUGAAGAUUAGGAUUUGCUUUUGGAGUUUGAUAAGAAACCAAAAUUUGUUCCCCUUUUUAACUCAGAAAAGCCAGGUGCUUUGCUGAAUGCUAUUUGAAUUCUGAACUCUGUACUUAAUAUGUGUAGAAAAGUUAGACAUCUUUGUCAUUUUAAUUUUUAGAUAUCUCAAAAGCAGUUUUCACUAAAUUUUAGUGUGCCACUAGUGCUGUGAAUCUUUAAGAAGCUUUAAAAAGUAAAUACAUACCUAGAGCCCUUUAGGAAUCAUAAAGGUAAAUCUUAUUUACCCUACGCAUCACGAGUGACUGUACAUGGUUAUGAGAUUUGCAGGUCUGAUUAAACCAAUUAUAUUGUACAAAUUUUGCAGGAAAUAAUUUCCUGCCUUGCCAAGAGUUCUGUGGCAGUUUAAUAAUGUAUUAAACUACGCCAGUAUUCUUAGGACCUGUGUUAUUGAGCUUCCCCUUUUAAUUUGUUUUAUUUCAAUAGACCCCUCUCAAAUAGGAGGAAUCAAGCCAUAAAUUUGCAUUUGCGGGACAUUAUGUGCCAUGUCAUCACUAUGACUAUAGACUUCGAAGAUAAUGUUUUAUUCACAAUUUCACUGUAACAGUGACCAAUAUAAUGUGAGAAAUUUGCUUCCUGUAAUGCUGCUGACAUUAGACAAAGACCAGUGCUUGUUGCAGUUUUUAAAUCUAGUCAAAUGCUGGAGUAAUGAAAUUGUAAGCUCUAUGAGAGCAGGGACCAGCUCUUCUCCAUUCAUGCACACAGGUACUCAAUAAAUA